UCCCAUUUUUCAACUAAUUUUGAUUUCGAUAACAAUGUUUCACAUCCCUCUUCUGCCGAUCCAACCUGUAGCGCUGGUAUCGGCCAGCUUUCAUCGUAUCCCAGUCGCUAUUCCUUGUCCCGACGCGCCUUAACACCACUGGCUAAUUGGUUCAUCUGGUGCCAGGCCUGUCGACACGGCGGACAUGCUGGCCAUCUCGCCGAGUGGUUCUACGGCGGCUUGCAUCACCUCACUCAGACAGCUGCAUCUUCGAUAUCUACUGCCUCUGCCACUGCCCCAAUUACUGCAGCAACGAGCACCAGUUGCAUAGGUACUCUUGGCAUAACUGCUAAUCAAUCAUCUGCACCUCUUAGUGCAGCUUUGUCUGUUUCUGCGCCCUCAAGAUCUGUAGCACAACAUCCUAGCGACUCUAGCCUCUCGCUGCAGGCCCCACCCUCCUGGCUUGUAGAGUGUCCUGUAAAUGGUUGCCAUUGUCGCUGCGCCAGCCUUGACCUUACCGGUGGUUUGGGUGGUCUCCGAGCCCUGUUCCAGCCCACUACUGGCCUCCCAACUUACCAUCAAUCGCAGGACAAUCUGGCUAUUCCCUCAGCAAUCACUGAUAUCACAGACUGUUUUCCGACCGCCCAUCAAUCUACUAUGGCUACUCAUCCUUUGAACCGGUUAUGGCUCAGAGAUGGCUAUGAUGUUCACCGAGUGCCUGAGACCGGUGAGGUUGUAAAUAACGAAGAUGGACGAGGCGAGGAAGGUGUUGCGGUAGAAGAGGACGACUACCCGGAUACCUGGGAUCUAGGGCGGACGGGCUUUUCUUCCGGCAUUCGGCGAAUCGUACCAUUUGCAUCAAGACUGCACAUGUCAUCUUUUCAACCACAACAAUUGACUCAAUCUGCUGGACGUACCUUUGCAGAGGAGACCAAGCUAAUGACCAAAUGGGACAUAUUACAUCGAAGAGGAGAGUCCGCGGACCCGGCUGACCGGUUUACCGGGGAGACCGGUCCUUAUGCUGCUCGACCUUUCUUCCUAGCAAACCUGGCUGCUUCCGCUCAGCGGCUUCUCUUAAAUACUCCCGGCCAUGGACAGCACCAACAACGAUUCUCCUGA